AUGGGCCACCACAAUCUACCCUCUCCUCCCCAGGAGGAUGCAGUCCACAAGCCCGCGAGAAAAUCCUCUAAAUCGAAUUCGAGAUCAUCUGCUCGCAGCACCAAGCGGGCGGGCUCUCACGGCCCUAUCAGCGCUGCUGCGAGCCACCUAGAUGCUCACUCUCCUGGUGCCUCAGAUGGCAGGCAUAAGCGGGUAUGGAAAGCCUGUGAGAGGUGUAGGAUGAAGAAGACCAAGUGCGACGGCGAAUUCCCAUGCAAGAGGUGCAAGGAUGAUGGUCUCAUCUGCACUGCUGGUGUCCGUAAGAAGGUUGAGUAUAAGCAGCUUCCGAGAGGAUACGCCGAGGUGCUUGAAAGCACACAGUUUGCGCUCAUAGCCACCAUCCACAAGCUUUACAGCAUGGUCCGUAAUGGAGAGGCGUGGGAGCUUGGAGACAUCGAGCUCAACGACAGGGGCCUUCCCGUUGUACACAACAUCGCCACCAAACUCGGCUGCAUUCGCCCCAACAGCGACAUCGAUCUCCCCGUGCAUUCGGUAUUUCCCGAGAACGAAAGGGACCUGGAAGAGCUCGUAAAACAACUCGAGGCUCAGCAGACAGAAGGCUCGGGACAGCUUCCGGGUAUGACGCACGGUGGAAGCAUCACGCCGACGAGUAACAGGACAGACAUGAGCUCCGCAUCCGAACACGAACAUUCCGAUAACGAAGACGACCAUCACCCGACCCCGAGUACCACUGGACAAGUUUUCCUGUCCCCUCAAAGUCUACCGCCUUACAACGAUUUCGAAGCGCCGCCAGAGCAAUCCGGAGUAGCUGGCGUUCUCUUCCCCGACGGCCCAACGAUGGCGGAAUUCGCUGCCGCCUGGGACUCAUCCGCCAACAUGUCCAUGGUACCCGAUUUCCUCACACAGCCUGCCACUCUGUCCAGCGCCCAGAUGCUCACGCAAGGGCUCCUGGAAUCAGAAUUCGGGCGGCUUCGACCUCAUAUCGUCUCGUGCCCAAAUCCAGAAGUCAUGCUCGGCGUGGGAGACCCGAUGAUGUUUUCCGGAUUCGACGAAGAUGACGGCCAGCAAAUGAGAUUAUAA